AUGGGGAACCGCAAGGGGUUGUGGGAUGAGGUUGCGGGAAAUCUGAGUUUUAAAAUUUCUACAGACUCUAGUAUGUGUAUGAAGAUACUGGAACUGAGCUACGAGCACUUGCCAGCUCAUUUGAAACCGUGCUUUCUUUAUUUCGGAGCGUUCCCGGAAGAUAGCGAAAUUCCUGUCGGCAAGUUGACGUCGCUCUGGAUAGCGGAAGGAUUUGUACUCGAACAAGGUCAGAAGAGCGCGCAGGAUGUAGCGGAAGGAUAUCUGACGGACCUAGUCGACCGCAGCCUUGUACUAAUAGCCAAAAGUCGAUCGGGUGGAGGAGUCAGAGCUUGUAGUAUUCACGAUCUUCUGCGCGAAUUGUGCUUGAGAAAAGCUAAACAAGAGAACUUUAUGAAUGUAAUCAAAGAUGCUAAUGCUAAUGCUGCUGCCUGCUGCUGUGAUGAUUUCUACAGUCGAUUUUCAGUGUACGAGAGGAACCAUCGCGUGUGUAUCCCACCUGAAUCCAUCGAUGUUGAAUCGAGACCUUUCGGCCUGCACAUCCGCUCUUGGCUGGGCCACUGGCCAGGUAUCUCGUUCAUUUAUUCAAGAAUGAAACUUCUACGGGUCUUGGAUUUGUCAGCGAAAAAUGAUCCGAUCAAUGUAAGUGGUAUCGAGCAGCUGGUUCACUUGAGGUACUUGGCAGUUAGAGUUACCGAAGACCACAUACCACCAUCGAUAGGCCGCCUUGAGAACCUUGAAUUUCUUCUUCUCUACGGUCCCGGAAGUGUCGAGAUUACGGAGGAUUUCCUAAAUUUGGUGAAAUUGAGACAUCUGCACAUUGCAGAGCACGCCACAUUCGGCGAAUCUUGCCAUAGACGAGCGGCACUUGUGGAGAAGAGCUUUCGAAUGGAUAGCCUCGAAAGCGUUUCCGAUCUUUGGAUUAUUCAUGAAGACGACGAGAAAGUAUUGAGAUGCUUCUUACCCCGUGUUCGCAGACUCAAGUGCGCAACCAAGCCGUUAUGGGACUCGUCGGAGAAGUGCCAUCGUUAUGUCGCGUUGGAUGAUUGCCUUACGAUGCUUGAAUCGCUUAACAUAUCUUACUUAGGCGGUGAGUACUUGAAGUUGCCGGACACUCUUAAUCUCCCAUCCAGCCUAAAGAAACUGACUCUGCACGACUUCAAAUUGUCUCGGGACGAGAUGUCGAUGAUAGGAAGACUGCCGAAGCUCGAGGCUCUAAAGCUGCUCUACACCGUGUUUGACGGAAAAGAAUGGAAGACCAACGACGACGAGUUCCGGGAGCUCAAAUUCUUGAAACUCGAUGCUCUGAAGAUCCGCAGAUGGAACACAUCUGACGAUCAUUUUCCAAGGCUUCAACGACUCGUUAUGCACAAGUGCUGGAAACUAAAGAAGUUUCCUCGUAGCUUGGGGGAUAUUCCGACGUUGCAGGUCGUUGACAUACAUUCGUGCAGCAAAUCUGUCGCAAAUUCGGCAUUGGAUGUUCAGAGGGAACAACUGGAAUACGGAAAUGAUGAGCUUAAGAUCAUCAUUUCGGGCUCUUUAUGGUAA